GCCCGCUAUCAGUGGCAAGCGCGGGCGCAGCCCGAGACCGUGGGGCCGCUGUUGCCGCCCCCUCAGGAGCCACCAUGUUGGUGUUACCCCCCGGACUGAGCGAGGAGGAGGAGGCUCUGCAGAAGAAAUUCAACAAACUCAAGAAAAAGAAAAAGGCAUUGCUAGCUCUGAAGAAGCAAAAUAGCAGCAGCACAGCCAGCCAAGGCGGUGUCAAACGCUCACUGUCAGAGCAGCCUGUGGUGGACACAGCCACAGCAACAGAGCAGGCAAAGCAGCUGGUGAAGUCAGGAGCCAUCAGUGCCAUCAAGGCUGAGACAAAGAACUCGGGCUUCAAACGUUCUCGAACCCUAGAGGGGAAGUUAAAGGACCCUGAGAAGGGGCCAGUCCCCACUUUCCAGCCGUUCCAGAGGAGCAUAUCAGCUGAUGACGACCUGCAGGAGUCAUCCAGACGUCCCCAGAGGAAAUCUCUGUAUGAGAGCUUUGUGUCUUCCAGCGAUCGGCUUCGAGAACUAGGGCCAGAUGGAGAAGAGGCAGAUGGCCCAGGGGCUGGUGAUGGCCCCCCUCGAGGCUUUGACUGGGGUUAUGAAGAACGUGGUGGUGCCCGUUCCUCAGCUUCCCCACCCCGAAGCCACAGCCGAGACCACAGCCAUGAGAGGAAUCGGGACAGGGACAGAGACCGGGAACGGGACAGGGAUCGAGACCGGGAACGGGACAGGGAUCGAGACCGGGAACGGGACAGGGAUCGAGACCGGGAACGGGACAGGGAUCGAGAUCGAGAUCGAGACCGAGAGGGCCCUUUCCGCAGGUCGGACUCAUUCCCUGAACGCCGGGCCCCUCGGAAGGGGAAUACCCUCUAUGUGUAUGGAGAAGACAUGACACCCACCCUCCUCCGUGGGGCCUUCUCUCCCUUUGGAAACAUCAUUGAUCUCUCCAUGGACCCACCUAGAAACUGUGCCUUCGUCACCUAUGAAAAGAUGGAGUCAGCAGAUCAGGCCGUUGCUGAGCUCAAUGGGACGCAGGUGGAGUCCGUACAGCUCAAGGUCAACAUAGCCCGUAAACAGCCCAUGCUGGAUGCUGCUACUGGCAAGUCUGUCUGGGGCUCCCUGGCUGUGCAGAACAGCCCUAAGGGUUGCCACCGGGACAAGAGGACUCAGAUUGUCUACAGUGAUGACGUCUACAAGGAAAACCUUGUGGAUGGCUUCUAAGGAAUGGAGCUGAAUUCCUUGUGCCUCAUAUGCCCCCAAUGCUGGUCUCAGUAAAACACUGAGGUGGAAGCCACA